AUGUCGAGGCAUGACUUAAGUUUUGCUGUUAACUAUGUCCCCCAAUUUAUGCAUCAACCUACUGAUGUGCAUCUCCAACUAGAAAAGAGGAUUCCGAGGUAUGUUAAAGGCUCUCUUGGUUUUGGUAUUAAAUUUACUCAGGGAGAUAGUUAUGUCUUAUCUGCCUAUAGUGACAGUGAUUGGGAUGGCUGCCCUGACACAAGAAAAUCCACAUCCUGCUACUGUGUAUUCAUGGGACCAAAUUUGGUUGCUUGGUCUUCUAAAAAGCAACCCAAAAUCUCCAGAUCUAGUACUGAAGCUGAGUACAAGGCAUUAAGUCUUACUGCCACUGAGGUUCAAUGGGUUUAUUAUGUUUUAAAUGAAUUGAGUUUUCAUGGUGCUAUGAGUCUUGCUGCCAAUCCAGUUUUUCACGCAACAACAAAGCACAUUGAGAUUGACUUUCAUACUAUUCGAGACUUGAUGGCUCUAUGA